GGGAAAAGGGAGCAAUGAAGACGGCAUACGACGCACGGUGCCGCGUCUGACGUUGUUGUUGCGAGAUCUCUUCAUUAUCUGCAGCUGAAGCAAACGUGUAUCGGCUGACCCGGGAAUGCAGACGACCAUUGAGACGCUGCUGCGUCUGCUGGCGUGUUCAUCUGGCGCCCUUGCCGUAUCUUCUGACAUCGGGCUGCAGAAGACAGCCUUCUUACCCGCCUCCGGGCUGCCACUGGACAGGGGCAGGAGAUCAGCAGCACCGUCUUCGCGCCCACAUCUGGCUCAACUCUCGCGACAUUAUGCGGCCUCCCGGCCCGUUGAGCAGCCGCCAUCACCGCCGCAAUCAGUGGCCACCGAGCUGCCCGCUCGGCUGAAUGGCAACAACGCAUCAGCACUGCACCACGGACGACAAGCAGCGGUGAACCAUGAGACCCAGGCGUCUGCUGCUGCUGCUGCUGCUGCUGUUGUCAUGGAUGAGAGGCCGCGUGUGGCUGUGAAUGGUGUGGAGUUCGACGUGCUGGACAGGGAGGGGAACCUGACGGACGGUGAGGCGGUGACGCGGAGGGACGACACUGUGGUGCUCUUCCUCCCCGGCAUCUUCGGUGAGGGAGGGAGGAAGAAGACCAUGCACUGCACUGCUCGCUUCAGUCAGUCUAAUUGGCAAGCGCUUCUCUCUCCCUCUGUCCCCCUUUGUGUGCGGUCCGUGUGUGAGUGGUUCUCGUAGGUUAUUCGGGCAACAGUUCUCAGCCGCAGCUGGCGAGUCUGUCGCACCGGUGUCCCGUCUGGCGGCUGUCAAUCCCGCCAACUGACCGCUCCACCUUCUCAGAGCUCGAGGGAGCCGUGGUCACCUUCAUCAAACAGCUCAAACAGCAACAACCACACAAACAGGUCCGGUGGUUGGCACACUCACACACAGACUCACUGUUGGUCUGUCUGUCUGUCUGUGUAGGUGGUGCUUGUCGGUGACAGCUUUGGGGGCCUUCUCGCCCUGGGUGUUGCAUUGAGGUGCGCCACAGACCCCCUGUUGCGCCCGCAGCGGCUCCUGAAGGGCGUGCUGGUGGUCAACCCCGCCACAUCAUACCUCUACACGGCCUGGCCGCUGCUGGGGCCGAUAGCCACCGCGCUCGACGGCCCCCUUUACACCCUGAUGGGCAGCCUGGCUUUGCUGUCGACGGUGCCCGACCCCAUCCAGCGCGCAUCGAUUCGGGAGGCCUUCUGGCCGUCCUCUGUGCCCAUCACACAGAGGCCGAGAGAGCUCGUCAAACAAGGUAGGUAGCUGAGGAAAGACAUACAGACAGACAGACAGACAGACACACAGAAGGACAACGUGUGGAUGGAUGGAUGGCUCUCUUUCUUUCACUGUAUCCCAUGCAUUGUGUGCUGCUUGCAGUGCAGUCAACCUGGGCGGGCUUCUCGCGAUUGGCAGACCGCAUCGACCCCGACACCCUGAGGUUUCGUCUGGAGAAGUGGCUGCUCGACGGCAGUGAGCGCGUGUCGAUCAAGCUGCAGACCAAGAGGGACAAGUACCCCUACGACCUGCCCACGGUGAUUGUGGCGGGCAGCGAGGACGCCAUGCUGCCCAGUGAGAGGGAGGCCAAGCGGCUGGCGAAACUGAUGCCCGACAGCGAGCAGGUGCCUGCCAAUGAAUCAAUGCGCUCCUGCCUGUGAGGCAAGCCAUGAUGGUAUGUGUGUAUGUGUGUGUGUGUGUGUGUGGUGCCUGUGCAAGGUGUUGGUGGCCGGUUCGGGGCACUAUGUGCUGGACAACCGGACGAACCUGACGGACAUCCUAUUCACGUCCAAGAUACUCAACCCCCCACCGUCUGCAGAGGAAAAGUACUUUGAGAAAUUCGUGCCGCCAAAACUCACCGAGGUACAUACGGGCUGUUGAUUUAUUUGGUCUUUUCUGUCCUCCCUCCUUUCUGUGUGCGGUGCACACGCACACACACGUCCAUCUCAUCUGUGUGUGUGUGUGCCCGCCACGGCCCGGUAGGUGACCGAUUUGGAGAUGCAGCAGGUCAACAGGAUAGAGAAUGCGACGUCGCCCGUGUGGGUAUCGACCAACGUGUACGGCCGAAGGAUCUGGUGAGAAACAAGAUGACCGACAGCCAUGCGUGUGUGUGUGUGUGGACACGUGUGUGUGCGUGUGUGUGUGUGUGUGUGUGUAUUCAAGGGGUCUGUCUGGCGUGCCCACCGACCGGCGAGUGCUGUUUGUGGGCAACCACCAGCUGUACGGCCUCGAUCUCGGGCUCCUCGUGCGGCAGAUAUACAAGGUAGGUACCUACCUAGCUACGUCACCAACCAAACAAAUCCAUUCUCCAUUGUCUGUGUUGUCUUGGUGCAACCAGGAGAGCGGUCGGUUAGUCCGCGGCAUGGCCCACCCGAUAGUGUUCAACGGCUUCGGUCCCGGCAGCACCGACCCCAACAGGUCCACUCGCACCAUCACCACUGCACCCACACAAUCCCCCACACAAUCACAGCAGCCGCUACAGCCACAGCAACAACAAUCCUCUCGCCGGUUCCUGCCGCCAUUGCCCCCGCCGCCGCCUCUUCCCGCUCUCCCAUUGCGGAAUAGGCGGAGGAAUCGGCGAAGUGAUGAAAGUGGAGACGAGAGCAAUGGGGAGGGGCGGGAGAGCGAUAUCGUGAUGGGGAUGCCGCCGCUUGAGCGGUUUGGUGCGGUGCCUGUGACGGGGCGGAACCUGGUGCGGCUGAUGCAGAGGCAGGAGUGGAUACUGCUCUUCCCUGGUACGGACGGACACUCCUUGUGCUACUGGCACUCAUGUGGAGCGGGUGAAUGGAUGGAUGGAUGGAUGUCCCUCUCCACAUACACUCGUGUGUCUGCUGUGGUGUCUGGUGUGCCUUCGCUUAGGUGGGGUGCGCGAGGUGUUUCACAGGAAAGGAGAGAACGACCUGGUGUGUACGCAAUCGGACAGACGCUCAGCUACCCACUCUCACCCUCUCCUUUCCUCUCCUCUCCUCUCUCUCCAUAGGUCUUGUGGGCGGACACGGCCGAGUUUGUGCGCACGGCGGCCAAAUACAACUACACUAUAGUGCCCUUCUCGGCCAUCGGUGCGUCGGACAGCUUCCAGAUGCUGCUCGAUCCCGAGGAGAUGCUGCGGCUGCCUCUGGGGCUCGGCGAGCGCAUCAGACGACAGGCCGACAAGAUGCCCACAGUGAGGGAGUACGAGAAGAUGGUGCCGCCACUGAGUGUGCCAAAGGUCCCCGACCGCUUCUACUUUCUCUUCCACGCUCCCGUCGACCUGACGGCCGUCAGCCCCACCGACCGCGACACGUGCCAGUCCGUCUACAACGACAUCCGGCAGCGUGUCGAGACCGGCAUCGAGCACCUGAGAGAAGCGAGGCAAAAAGACCCCUUCCGCAACUUUGUGGCCCGCACGGCCUUCAAGCGGCUGUAUGGCCGCCAGCCGCCAUCUUUCGAGCUCGACGAGCUGCCCAGCGCGCGAUCAGAGGAGGCAAAGAAUAAUGGGUCAGACGGCAGCGAAGCCAACUGAUGCUCCUGUCGCCUGUUGAGCUGUCAGCUGCUCUACUGUGUAACGUUCGCGAAGCGAAGGAAGGAGCUGGGUGAGCUGAGCAGAGAAGUGAGAGGAGCCCAGGCCGUAGGUUUUUGACGUUUGCUGUGUUGUCACCCGCCGUCCAUAUCUAGACGCACCGGCCCCAUUAUGCAUGUGUUCUUUCUCUGUCUGUCGAUCGAGAUCUGCAAACAAAACGACUCCUGGCGGUAGUCGGUGAGUGGAUGUGUAGCGAGCGACUCACUGAUUGGGCGGGGGAGUGCAUGUGUGUGGGGGGUGUACAGGCAGAGAGACGGACAGUGCCAGCAAGCUUCAAGUUGGCAGGGGGGAGAGAUUUUGGGCCGGGGGAAUGAAUGCCAUGGAAUGGCAUUCAUUCCUCCAUGAGCUGCAUGAGUGUGCCACCGUGUCGAUCCCAGGAGUAACGUGACGACACGCAUAGCAGACCAACCCCUCAAAGCCAUA